AUGAUCGCGAACGGCAUCGAGCGACGCAGAGUCGUCGUUGUAACAGGAGGAGCAUCCGGCAUCGGCCUAGGCAUCACGAACCACUUCGGCUCUCGCGGCGACCACGUCGCCAUCUUGGACAUCCACGCCUCGGCUCCCGCGGACCUCCUCCCCGCCCUCAGCAAAGCCCACGCGAACGCCAGCUUCUCGUACCACCAAUGCGACAUCGCGACCUGGGCCUCGGUGGCCGCGGCUUUCCGGGCCGUGUACACGGCGCACGGCCGCAUCAACGUCGUCAUGGCCAACGCGGGCAUCUCGCGCGAGGAAUCCCUCAUCCCGGCUACGGUUCCCACGCCCGACGUCGAGCCCACGGAACCGGGCCUGCGCACCAUGGACGUCAACCUGACGGGCACGCUCUUCACCGUCAAGCUGGCGAUCCACUACCUGCUCCUCAACAGCCCCGCCCCGGACUCCAACUCGCGCGGCUCCAUCGUCCUCACAGCCUCCAACGCCGGCAUCUACGCCUUCCCCGUGGCGCCGCUGUACGCGGCCUGCAAAGCCGGGCUGGUGAACCUGACGCGCUCGCUGGGCCCGGCGCUGCUGCCGCACCAGAUCCAGAUCAACGCGCUGGCGCCGGCGGUGCUGGAGACGAAUAUCGCGCCCAGCAAGGAUCUGUUCAAGGGCAUGGUGCUGACGCCCAUGAGUACGCUGCAGAAGGCGGUGAGGUUGUUUGUGGAUGAGGAACCGAACAGGACGGGCGAGGUGGCGGAGGUGCAUGGCCAGAGCGUGACGGUGCGGGAGGUGCCGCCGUAUGUGGAUGAGGAUAGUGAGCGGAAUUUGAGGAGGUUUUGGAAUUUGGGGUAUGCUUGA